AUGAGAUUAGGACGAAAUAAAGGGUAUAAUCAAGUAGAUGCUGAUGAUACUAAUGACCUUGGAAACCCUAUAUCCAAUGAAGAAGAAGAUUCAAACCUUAUUUCAAGUUCAACGGCCGAAGAUGUGUUCAAUAACGAACUAGAUAAUGCCGGAGUAGAAGAUGACCUAAAUUUUAGCGAUAAUGAACUACCUAUAGAACCUCCAUCGUACGAUGUGGAGGCCAAUGAGAAUGGAACUUAUUCGACACCUGCAGGCAUGGAACAAAUGGAAAUGGAUGAUCCUCUGUUUUCUGAUGAUGAACAGGCAUCAGUACCCAUCACUGAAAAGAUAGGAUCAUUUUUUGUGUGUGUUAAUGAUCGUGUGGUGAUACCUGUUAGAAGAAAUGUUGUGGAUCCAUUAGCCCAAGGAUUAAAUGUGUUAUCAGUACAACUAGACUUUUAUUUAAAUAAAGUAGGUAAUCCAUUGAUCCUAAGACGGUUCUUUUAUAUCAUUUUGAUGUCAAUAAUCGCAUGGAUUAUUAUGUCAAGUGGGUUUUUACCGAACAAACGUGCUACACAUUCAAGAGGUCUCUUUGCAGAUUAUGAUAUAUUGAUAGAUUAUGCAAGGAAAUCAUUUGAUUUAUCCAAAUUAGAGAGAGAUUUAGAAUAUAUUAGUAGCAUGCCUCAUAUGUCAGGAACAAAAGGUGAUUCUGCUGUUAGGCAUUACUUGGAAGAAUCCUUUAACAACAAUGGUUUAAAAAUUGUGAAGGAAUUGGAAUAUAGAGUUUAUGCUACGUAUCCGGGGAAUUCGAUCUUAUCAUUUACUAACCCAAAAAGUAAUGACGGAAAGAAAGGCAUAGAACUUCAUGAAGAUAAUUUUAAUCCCAUGGCAUAUAAUGCUUCCCUAAACAACAUGGAUAUAAUAUAUGGUUUCAAAGGAAGGGAGAUCGAUUUACAGCAGUUAAAAGAGAAUAAUAUGUUAGAAAAUGAAUUUGUGUUAUUAUUAAAAUACGAUACCCUUCCAAGUGAACAAAUGUUACUUGCACAAAAAUAUAAAGCUAAGGGAGUUAUUUUUAUAACUGACAAAUUUGAUGGAGAUGAUGGUAAUGCUGUUCAGGUUAGGUCGGUCUGUAUCCCUCAGAUUGUUCCUGGUGAUCCGGUGACUCCAGGUUGGUUUGGUAACACUAUUGAACCAAUCAGUCCCAAAGAAUCUAAGGGUUUACCUCAAAUUCCUUCAAUUCCGCUUUCUUAUAAUCAAGGUAAACAACUUUUGGAUGCUCUAUCGAUGGAAGGUGUUUCUUUUGAGGAUGAUAUGUUCAGUGGUAUUAGAAAUGACGUUAAAGUGGACAUGACAGUUGAUAACGCAGUUAGAGAAUCUCAUUCGAUUACAGAUAUUAUAGGGAAGAUUGAAGGUAAGGAACAAACAGACAAAGCUAUUAUUAUUGCCGCAACAAGAAGUGGCGUGUAUAACGGCGCUAAAUAUCCAUCGUUUGGCUCUGCCAUUUUACUUUCACUACUACAAUUGUUUCAAGAAAUGAAAUAUAAGUACGAUUGGAAACCUUUGAGAAAUAUAUAUUUUAUAUCUUAUGGUGGGUCUGAGUUUAACUACGCGGGAGCUACAGAACUUAUUGAGGAAAGGUUGUCAAUGUUAAAGGAUGAAGUGUAUACGUUAUUGGAUGUUAGCGAAUUAGGUAUUUGGGACCAAGAUAGAAAGAUUAAUAUCGAAUCACAUCCUGUGUUACACAAAUUCUUUGCCAGUAACGAGAAUAAUAUGGGUUUUGAGGUGAAUGUGGAGCACGUCCAUCAUUAUGGUGACUGGUUACCAUUUUUAGCUAAUGGUAUACCGGUCUCUAUUUUUUCAUCACCGAAAGUGAGAGAUAGGGAAUUCCCGAUCGAUACCAAAUUUGACACAUUUGAUAAAAUUUCAGAAUCUUUGAAAGGUACAGAUAAUGGUGUCCUAGCGACAGAUUUAUUAAUAUAUUUAUUCAAAAUGAGUCUGGAGCUAGUCGAUACCCCAUUAUUGCCAUUUCAUGUUGACGAUUACAUUACCAUUUUGGAUAAAGCCUUUAGAGAUUUUGAUACUAAAACAGGUAAUAAAUUGAACUUCAAUUCAGUUACUAAAGGUUUAUUAUUAUGGAAACGUAUUGGUAUUGAAUGGAGUAAUUGGAGGAAAGCAUGGGAACAGCUUGUACUUGACCAUGAAGAAGGCAUUGAACCAUCUCUAAUAUCUGUCCAUAGGUGGACAUGGAAUAAGAAACUUUCCAACAUCGGUAGGAGGCAGUGUAUUGCAUCCGGUUUACCAGGUAGACCAUUUUAUAAGAAUGUCUUAUUUUCUCCACCGUUAUGGUCAAAGGGGGAGACAGGUUCAGACAGCUGGCUAUUCCCAGGUCUAGAGGAUGCGCUAAAUCUGAACGAUUGGAAUGGUGCUCAAAGUCACCUUGACGACAUCGGUAAAAUUAUAGAAUAUUCUGCAACAGUGUUUAUUGAAGAAACCAAUGAUGUUGGAUUUUAA